CUAGUAGACUAUACUCAGAGCCAGUCGUGCUUCUUGCCGUGUUUGCGACGUAAAGUUCAGUUUGCCAUCACCAUUCAUGCCGAAAGUGAGUCGAUCGCGCGUAGGUGUUCUUUCUGAGCAGCUACUCCAUCUAGAUCUCAGCUGGAGUGAUCUGGAAGACAUUUUCCUUGGAUAUGGACAGCGCACACCACGGCGGUAUAAGUCGGUAAACGGCCUAUUUAAACUGCAGGAAGAUGCUUUUAGGCGGAUGUUUAGGUUUCAUAAGGAACACCUCAAUGACCUGAGCACGUCUCUGCUUAUCCCGGACAUUGUAAGAAGCACCCAGGGUGUCUGCGUAAGUGGCGAGGAAGCUCUUCUAAUAACCCUACGCAGGCUGGCGUAUCCCAACAGGUGGUGGGAUUUGGAGCCACUGUUUGGCCGCCACUAUUCCACUUUGUCAAGCAUUGUGUCAAAGGUGCUCACGCACAUUGAAGACAACUUUGGACACCUACUGGACUUAACUAAUAACAAGUGGCUGAACCUUGCAGAACUAGGUCGUUUUUCUCAGGCAAUGCAUCGCAGAGGUGCACCACUUAAAAACUGCUGGGGCUUCGUGGAUGGGACAGCGAGACCGAUCUGCCGGCCAUCGGUGAACCAGAGAAUACAUUUCUCUGGUCAUAAGCGCGUCCCUGGUGUGAAAUAUCAAUCUGUCAUGAGCGCCAACGGCAUCGUGUGUGAUCUUGACGGCCCCUAUCCAGGUCACAGACACGACGCUGGUAUCCUGAGAGACAGCGGCCUUUACAGCAGGCUUGAGCACUUGGUGCAGGGUUCCUCGUACACCAUCUAUGGUGACCCUGCCUAUCCAGUACGUCCACUGCUGACGCGCCCAUAUGCCGGCUCUUCUCAGACGGAGACACAGCAAAGGUUUAAUGCGGGCAUGAGUACAGUCCACCAGGCCGUAGAAUGGGGGUUCGGCAAGACUGUUGGACUGUUUGAAUUCUUGGACUUUAAAAAAAAUCGAAAUAUUCUUCUACAAAAUAUGCCGCAGAUGUACAAAGUAGGUACAAUCCUCACAAACUGCCAUACAUGUUUGUAUGGCAGUAAAGUUUCGAUGUUUUUUGACUUAAGACCGCCAUCUCUGUCAGAAUAUCUGGUUCCUGUCACUGCUUGAGAUCCUCAAUCCCCUCGGAUCGCAGAUCUCACGUAUAUGUCUUUGGAACUUCCAUAUGUGUAGCCCACAGGAGCAUUUUGGAAAGCACUUUACAAUUGUCAAGCAAUUAUUGGCUGCAUUUGAGCCACUGAACAAUCUUAUGUUUGCCGAUGCUACAUGUUGCGUGACCUGUUAAAGCAAGCUUUAUUCAGCUUGUAUGCAGUACUAGAGCAGUGGUAGAGCACCAGCAUCAGAGCCGUAGUUUUAAAGCACUUUAAUUUGCGAAAUAAUUGUAUUUUCAAGUAUUUACGGCAUGAUGUUACAAGGAUAAUGACCUCUAAGUUCUUUUUUAUAGAAAUAAAUGCAUCGUGUUGCGCUUCAAGGA